AUGCCUAUUCCAACAGAAGUCGUGGGCAGCCUGCCGCGCCCAACAUACCUCCAACAAGCAUUCGCCGACUACGACGCCUCCAAGAUCUCGCAAUCCGACCUCGUCGCCGCGCAAGACAAAGCCGUCGAAGACUCGCUCAAGCGCAUGCGCCAGACGGGCGAGACCUACAUCACCGACGGCGAGCAGCGCGCCUCGUCCUUCGCGACGUACCCGAUCACCGACACGCUCGGCGGCACCGGGCUCGCAGACAACCUCGCACCAGACGGGCAGUACUUCGCGAUCUUCGACGACGGCCACCAUCGGCAGCUGCCGCGGCUGGUGCGAGGCCCGAUCAAGUACAAGACGUAUGCGUGGCAGAACUUCGAGAAGAGCGCGGAGUUCGCGGAGGGGGCGCCGAUGAAGCAGGCGGUCAUUGCGCCGAGCAUGCUGUAUCUGCUGUAUCCGCUCAAUGGCACCGUGGAGGGGUAUCCAAGGGAGCAGUUCGUGGAGGAUCUGGUUGACGAGUGCGAGAAGGAUAUCCGCGGCUGUUUUGAGAAGGGUGCGAAGCGCGUGUCGAUUGAUUUCACGGAGGGGAGGUUAACGGCGAAGAACGAUAGCAGGAAUCCGUGGACGGGAGCGAAGUUGUUGGAUACGUUCAUCGAGCUGAAUAACAAAGUUCUAGAACGCUUCACUCCCGAAGAACGAUCUAAUAUUGGGAUCCAUACAUGUCCAGGUGGCGACUGCGAUUCUGUCCACUCCGGCGAGGUCGACUACCACGAGCUACUGCCGUCGCUGUUCAGGAUGAACGCGGGGUACUUCCUCAUACAGCUGGCCUCAGAGAAAGACAAGGAGAAGGUGUACAAGGAGAUUGGCGAGAACAUCCGCAAAGACGCGAACGGCGUGAAACAGGUCGCCUUCGUCGGCGUGGUCAAUCCGCUCGAUCCCAAGGUUGAGGAGCCGGAUGAGAUUUGUAAGGCGUUGAUGACGGCGAGCAAGUACAUUCCGCUUGACCAGCUCGGGGCGACGGAUGAUUGUGGAUUCAGUCCGUUUAGCAUUGAUGUGAAGCCGAAGCACGGUUCGCCGGAUUUUGCGAGGGAUGUUGCGUUUCAGAAGAUUGCGAACCGUAUCAAGGGGGCGAAGAUGGCCAGUGAGAAGCUAGGUGUUUGA